AUGAGCUAUAAUACAAAACUUAUAUCUGGUUUUUACUACCAACAGUUUCCUAUAACAGGAAAAGGUGUCAUACAAGGAAUGUCUGUUCCAUUGACUUUAAGUACACCUAUUUUAUAUAUUGUUUCAAACUUAGGUUCAAAGUGCUAUUCGAAUGUCGACAGAAACUACUAUGACCAAAAGAUACUCAUGCGUAUAAACAACACUUUCUCUGCUGGUUUGCCUAUUGUUCAUUCGAAUGCAGAAUUUUCAACCUUAGUGAACUCAAACACUUUGGCAAGUAUAACGUUGACAUUAGUUGACGCAAACUUUGUUCCUGUAAAACUUUUAUGUCCUAUGUAUUUGUCAAUGACGGCAGAAAGUUUCGAAUUGGAAGAUGCAACUGGUGAAAGUAUUGUAUUACAAGAACAACUUCAACAACAAAUAGCUCAAGAACAACAAAUAGCUCAAGAACAACAAAUGCAACAACAAAGUCAAGAAUAA